CAAAGAAAUGUGAAUCUCUCUACGUAACGACCUGUCCUCCCCGGCUGUCUUCCACCCUAACGUGUGUUCGUGCUGGAUCGCGCGCUCCGUUGUUCUGGCAGUGCCGGGCCCCAGACAGUGUCCUUCGUCCUUCCAGACAAUUUUUAAGUUUUCCAGUGACCUCGACACAGAAAACAUCUUCGCCUGUGUUUAGUUGAUCCUACACUUCCUUUUCCUCCCUCACACGCCGAAUAAUUGCCCAGCGCCACGCGGCGCGGUCACUGUUCCGCGACACCGAGCGUCCUGCCAGGCACAGAAGCAGCCCGUUGUCGGAUCUUGCCAGCGUUUACCGUCGCUGCACAGCCUAGCAAAGCCGCAAAGCCACGCUUUGAAUCCUUUCUUGAUUUGCGCCUCUGCACGGCGAGAGAUAAAGCUGACAGCGCUCUAUUGCACCGUUUUCGCGAUUGAGAACGCGUCCGGCAGGUUGUUCCGCAGAGUCAAAAACGCGGCGGUUCGCCCGCCUUCCUUUCCGCGCCGCUCGUCCAGCCGCAACUUUUCGCCGUUGGUUCGCGAGAAAGGUCGAAUUCCCAAAAGGAUUUUCACCCGAGGGGAAAUCCCCGAUAACACAUGAAAAGCGAAAGAGCGACACCGCGGGAGACUUGGGGGCUGGACGUAGAGUUCCGUGGCUGUUUGUCGGGUGUAUGUACACGCCGUCGGUUCGACAGGAAAUGGAAUCGAGGCGCGGAGGGGAUUUUUCCAGCUCUUUCCACUCUCUUUCAUUUGCUAUUUCGAGCGGCGCCAUGUAGCAUCGAGUGUGCUGCUGAGUUCCUCUCCGAAACCCGACCCGUUCAACCUCUCCACUGCCUUGGCUUUCUCCACAGACCACGGCGAAGCGACGAGGCCGGCGAACCUGAGCGAGGCGCACUUUCACGCGACGGGCUUCCGGAAGAAAUGCACAUUUCCUCCGGACUCCGCCCUUCCACGUCGUCCCUUUGGUCGCUCGGAAGUCGCGACUCUUCGCUCGCCGACGACCGCGGCCUGUGCAACUCUGCCGGUUUUUCUGAGGCCAGUGCCCAUAGUUUUGCCGCGAGACGACACAUACGUAGGAGCAGACCCGUUCUACGUCGUCAUGCGCAUCACUCUCCCCUCAAAAAAUGUGUGCAGAUAAAUGCACUUGGUGGGAAAGUGACUUUUGAUGAGAGGCCUUUCGUCGGGUUCGUGGGUUCUUUUUGAGCGUGUACGCCCCCUUGGCAGUCGAUGCUUCGUUCGAGUCCACUACCAGGUGACAUUGCUGGAUUGCUGGAUGUGACUUGCAGGACGGGACCUCCUGAAAAGUGUAUGCACACUGCAAGUGAACGUACGCUGGCGUCAGGGAGAGUGCGCAGAGGGCAUUGCUACAUCGGAUAGUUCCGUUCUGCGUUGAUGUUUGUCACAUCUCAAGACAGCGAAAGAUGCAACAAAGCUUCGUGUUCAUUCUCUUUUAUCCGCAACCAACGGAAGGGAGUGGCAGACAGGAUGUUCGUUCUCCAAAGGGGCGGCUAGCAGCUCUCCCGCCAGCCCCAUCCUGCAGCGUCUAUCGUCACUCUGCGACCUCUGCUCGCCGGCUCGUCCCUCCGUUCCCCGUCUCUGCCCUGCCUCUUCGCGCUCUGCGGUCUCCUCCACGCUCUUGACACUUGCCUCUGUCUUCUUGCCCUCUCCUCUUCUCGUUACCGCGUUCUGUUUCUCUGCCGCGCUUCUGUUGUGUCUCUCUUGCCUGGCUCCGUUUGCGGCUGCUGCCGGGACGAAGCCUCUUUCUGGGGGUUUGCAGACUCUUAACAUUUCCUUUUUAUUUCGAAGUUUUGUUUUAGCUCUUUGCCUUCAAGCUGAAACAGGCGUUUUAGGCGUUCGUGAAGAACCCUUCGCUAGCCGUCCUUGCUCCAGCCGCAGAGAAGGAAGGAAAACGACGGGGCACUGAGAGACGCCAGACUGUGUGCGACUGCUGCUUGAAGAUUGCCGAUGAAGAACUCCAGACUCUUGUCUCUUCGAUCUCCCCUCCGCUCGCACUCGCCCGCAGCGCGCGUCUUCCUCGUGCGGACAAGGUUGAAGGACUGGCGUCACUUGCGCGUGGCUGUUCCGCCUCCACGGUCCCGCGUCCGCUGACUCUUGCAUGCAGACUGCGGCGCCGCCUGUCUGGGAAUACGAGGUUCGGGGUGCAUGAACAUUUGCUAGUUCACCAGUCACUCUAAGAAGCCCUGCCGACCUACCUGGACACCCGCAAGAAAAUGACGCGCGACGACCGCGCCCGCACCCGCGCGCGCCAACCUCAAAACGGCGGCCUCUCUCAUCGCUUCGUCUCUUCUGCUUCGUCUCCUGAACAUUGGAGGAAUUUGAUGCCUCUACGACGAGAACGAGGAGAAAUGAAUGCUUAUGCCUGGGAUGCUCUAGAGAGACAUGGACCGACACCUGCACCACCUUCCCGCAUCUUUCCUUCCUCUUCUUCAUUUAGUUCUUCUUCUCUCCCUCCUUCUUCAGUUUCUCCUUCUGUUUCGUCUUCUCAGUAUUCUUCUCUCCUUGCCUCAUCUCUGCCUUCGUCGACAACUGAUCGUUCUUCGCACUCUGCCGCUGCUGCACUUCCAACCUCCCUUGCAUCUUCCUCUCCUUGCUCAUCUCCUUCAUCGUCUUCCUUGGCUUCCUCUUCUUCCUCUUCUUCCUCUUCUUCCUCUUCUUCCUCUUGCUCUUCUUCCUCUUGCUCUUUUUCUUCUUCAUCUUCUUGUUCCUCUUCCUGGUCUUUCCCUUAUGCGACCCCUUCGGAGUCGUCUGCGUUUCCUUCGCUGUCUUCGCAGCGUGCGAGGGAGUUUUCCUUUGUGUCUUUCAUGGACGAUUUGCUCGCCACCUGGGCGGGCGACGGCGCGGACUCCCCAGUUGCAUGCAGUCCGGGCGCGUGGCGCCAGAGCGAAGAGCGGGGGACAGUCAGGUCUUGCGUUACAAGUCUCUCCCGACCUGGUCUCUGGUCACCGCAAACUGUCUCGGCCAACGCACACCUCGCGGCCCUCGACUCUUUUUCUCUACGAAUGACAGGCGCAGAUGAUUCAGAGAAACACCCUGUUUCGCCACAGAGAAACUCUCUCCCUCAGGCCUCCCCUCGCGAAGCUUCAUCCGCUUCUUCCUCUGCUUUUUCUUCAUCAUCUUCUUCGUCCUCUUCUUCCUCGUCUAAUGCUGCUUCUCAUUCUUCUCCGUCUCACGACCGUUGGGGUGUCUCUCUGGGUUUUUUACACGGGGCUUCGGUGUCCCCUUUGCCGCCUGAGUCUCUUCGUGCAGUGUCUCCUCUGCGGCUCGGUCCGUUGCUGGACUCUCUUCAAGGCAGUCGCAGAAGUUGGGGUGUCUCGAGUGGGCGGCAGUCGCUGUCGCCUUUCUGUUCUGCGUCGUCUCCUGAGGGCCUUUCCUCGCCCCAGUCCUCUUGCCUCCCUUCGUCUUUCCGCGGUGUCUCACCGCCCCGGCUUCCCUCCUUCUCGGCACCUCAUUCUCCGCCGCUGCGCGGCUUUCAGGCUUCCUCGUCUGCCUCCUCCCCUGCGUCUCUCGCGUGGCUGGUGGGCUCCGACCCCGGCACUCUGCGAAAUGCGGCCUUCCUCUCGCCUUGCCAGAUUGUCUCCGGCGGUUCAGAACAAAGCGCGAACUGCUUCCUCGGACCCGCGGAGCAAAGAGAGACGCGCUCUCUGCAUGCCAGCUUUGGCCAGCGCGGGCGCGAGUUCUCGCCGCGACCUGUCUCCUCCGCGUCCGCCCCGAGUGGCCUCGCCCCAGGCCUCGUCGCAGGCCUCGUCGCAGGCGUUGCUCCUGGGGUUCCGGGAGAGGGGAGGUGGAGCGCGAGGGAGGACACAGACUUUGACGAGGACGGGAGCGUCUUUUCGAUGACGGAUUCGCAGUACGCUCUUCGGCUUUUCAUCCCUGUCGACAUUCCUCGGAUGGUAAACCUGGAGAGGAUCUUUCGGGCCUUCCAUGCCAGGACUCCGUCGACCACCUGCUCCUCGCGCUCCUCACAGGUGUCUCCUGGAGACAGCGGAGAUAGACCCGACUGGCUCCGUCGAGAACCUGUGGGGCUCGGCUGGGGCCUCGUCCGCGGACCUAUCAGAAACGCCCAGGAGUUGUUUGCCGCUCUGGAACGCUGCCCGACGUCCAGAGACUUCGACAGCGACGCACCCGAGACGGAGAGUGAAGGAGUCAGUGGAGCAGAGGCGCGGAGCGCCCGAAGAGACAGCGAGGGUGGAGAGAGACGCGACCUGCGCUUCUGCACGUGGAGCGACGAAGCAGGAGGAGACAGCGGGGCAGACUCGCCGACGAGCCGGCCGUGGCGAAGGGCGACGGUCCCGCCUGCGGACUUCGAGCGAGACUCGGGGUGGAGAGCCAAUGGAGAUAGGAGACGGAGACUCCAAGAGAGAGACAGCAACUGGAGACAUGAAGAGGGUGACUGGAGGUUGAGACACGGAGGGGGUGACUGGAGAUUAAGAGACGAAGGGGAUGACUGGAGGUUGAGACAAGAAGCUGACAGGGCGUGGAGAGGCGAUGGAGACAGUUGGAGGAGACACAGUGUAGACAGGAGAUACAGGCCCGACGGAGACAGUUGGAGGAGACACAGUGCAGACAGAGGAUCGAGACACGAAGGAGGCUGGAGGUUGAGACAGGACGGAGACAGUUGGCAGAGACCCGGUGGAGACGAGGGAAUGAGACAUGACGGAGACUGGAGGUUGAGAAACGAAGAUGCCAAGAGGUGGAGACCAGAAGAAGACAGGGGGUGGAGACUCAGAGACAGAGAGGCCCGCGAUGCUGCGCGAGAGCCACCGUUCCAAGAGAGGCUCGUGGAGGCAACGGGGUGUCCUGCCCCACACAGAGAGACGCGUGUGUCGCGCCCGAAUGGAGAUUCCGACGGAGACAGAUGUCUCCUGCGUCUCGGGAAGGACCCCGCGUGGCGAGGCAGGAGACAGUUGGGCGGAGAGCUCGAGAGAGACAGUCCCCGAGAGAGUCGCGAGGAAGGAAUGACCGAAGAGAGAAUGGGGCGACCAGGUGUCGAGAGCGAGAGAGACGGAGGCAUCAGCCCCCAAAAAGAGACAAAAGGCAUUGAGGACGGCUCGCGUUUCUCCUCUCCCUCGCAGCCUGUUUCCUCUGGAUGUGUGUCUCGUGGCGCCUCAGAUGAAAGGCGCCUCCUCGGCGCCCCGCCGUACCUGAGAGGACGAGAACAGGACCUCGGGGGACCCGCGAAUGAGACGGACAGACAAGGGCGUCUGGAGCAAGGCCUCUCCCUAGGAGAGAGGACAUCGACGCUGGACUUCACGGCGGCAAACCGUCUGUCUCCGCUUCUCCCUCCAUCCGUCUUCGUCGGAGACUGCAGCACGAGCAGGAGUUUGGGAGGGCCGCCAUCGGGGAAUAGAGAGUCCAUAUCUGCUGCUGCGACUCCGGAACUCGAGGCGCCGACCGCGUCGCAACUCGAUGGCCACCAAGCGUCCCCACAAUGGUUGCCUUCUCGUCCAUGGUUGGACGUUUCUCGGGAUCCUGACUCGCAACCGGCUGAGACCCUGCCCCGAGAACUGAUGUUUCUCCCGCUGCCCUCUUGCGUCGCACUGCCUGUCUACACAGUGUCUUCGACCUCGCCAUCUUCGCCGUCUUCUUCUUAUCACGUGGUGGCGCCGUCUCCUGUCUCUUACCUUUCCCUCCCGCUACAGUGGGCCUUUGCUCCCGGUCCUGGGAGGGCCUCUCACGGCUCCUCGGCCUCCCUACUCCCUGCGCUGUCUCCACUGUCUCUUGCGCAUGCACACUCGAUCCCCGCCCAAGUGCAGACCCUCCAGCAGCCCUCCUGUGCCCUCGCCUCGCCUCAGCCGAGCUUCGCGUCGUGGUCGCACAUGGGCGCCUCGGCGGACGUUGCCUCUGUGCUUCCUGUCGCCUCGGAUGCGCCGUCUGCGGGGUAUGCGGUGUAUCCUCAGGCGACGCCUGGCCUGUAUUGCCGUGUUCCUUAUUCUCAGCUGAAUUCGCAGCUGCAUGAUUCCUCUGGUAGACCAGCGGUGUCCUCCUCGCUGUCGAAAGGGGAAACAAAUCUCCAUUCGGAUUCGUUUCAAUCGACUGCUGAAAUGCGAGUCCCUUCUCUCCCUCACUCGUGCGCCUCGUCAUUCUCCUCUUCCUCCUCUUCCUCUUCUUCUGCCUCUGCCUCCUUCGCUUCCUCCUCUUCCUCAUCUCCCUCUUCUUCUGCCUCUGCCUCCUCCUCUUCCUCCUCUCCCUCCUCUCCCUCUUCUUCUGCCUCUGCCUCCUUCGCUUCCUCCUCUGCCUCCUUCGCUUCCUCCUCUUCCUCCUCUUCCUCUUCCGCGUCUUCUUCCUCCGUGCAUCCGUUGCUGCUUCUGCGUUCUUUGCGUGUGUCGGCGUCUCCGCCGGCGUCUGAGGUCCGCUCUGUGGUCUCGGGGUCUUCGUCUGUGACUUUGUUUCAUGCAGGUCGCGAGCGGCUUUUCUCUGACGAGCGCGAAGAGUCGCGUCUCUCAGCGGACGAGUGCCACUGGCGUCCAAGUCUCCUUGCGUUCCAGCGCUCGGUCUCCGCGCCGACCCAGGAGUCGAAGUUGCCUCUCGACAGACGCCCGCAGUCGCCGCGGAGCUGCUGUGGGGCGCCCGAGCGAGAGCCGCGCAGAAGGUGGAUGCUGUCACCGCCGUUCUUCUUCUCGCCGAUGCUUCACUCGCGUCACCUCGCCUCCUUCUGCCGAGAUGACGAAGAUGCAACAGACAAAGGAAGCGACGAUGGUUCCGCCUUCGAGAAGGACAAGCCAAGUUUACGAGGUCUAGCGACGCUCGACCUGUCGUGUCUUUCUCGUCCUGACCAGGCCAGUGUGCCUGGAGAAGAACGCGGGGACGGCACCCAUGCACGACAGCUUCCUGAAAGAGUCGCUUCCUGUGCCUCCAAGGGAUCGCGCUCAGCGACUCCCCAGUCGCGGCGGCAGGCGUUGGCGGAAGAGCCGGCCGCCGCUCGGGUGUAUGGACAGCCGGCGGGGCGAGGCGGCAUCCUUGUGUCGGGCGCCUCUCAGGGCCAGCGUGUGAGCGACUCGGAUUCUGUUUCUACACGGGAAGCGAGGGAGGCGACGCCGAGAGCGCGGUGUCCAGAGGGACGAGGGGGAGCUGCUGGCUUGAGGGAAGGAAGCGACAAGAACGAAGAGGAGACAGGUUCGGAAAGGCGAAACGAGGGUGGCGCCGAGGGACUGGAGAGAGACACCGAGAUCCGGGAAGAAGAGGAGAGAAACGAAAGAUUAGGGACCCCUUUCAGUUCCGAUCAGCCCUCAUGGAACAGGACUGUGUUCCUCUUCUUUCGUCCAAUGUCUCCCUACCCUGUCACAUGCCGCUCUGCUUCAUCGCAUGCCAUGGGCGCUUCUGUGGCGGUCGCAUCUUUCAGCUCGCACUCCUCUUCUUCGUUCCGGCCGCCUUUCGCUCCUCUGCCUUCUGCUGCGCGUCUCACCUGCAGGCCUGAAGGCGCCGGCGGAGACGCGAGUCUCGCGGCCAGCGCCUCCGUCCGAGUUGGCUUUUCGGGUGCAGUCGUGGAACCUCACGGCUGCGGCGAAGCGAUGGAGACACGGCGCGAGUGCAACCACGAAGGAAAGGUCGGCGUCAGAAGAAGCGAGCAAGGGAGAGGAGACAGAGGACACUGGCCAAGGAGCAGAGACAACUCAGGCUGCGAGGAGCUGUUGAGAGACAGAGAAGAAGAAGAAGCGGCGAGCGAUUCAAGAACAGCAAAAGAAGACGCACGCGACCCGAUACACGAGGACGAACGACUCGGCGGAGACACCCGCCUCAGCGCGAGUCGCGCCGCGGCACGUGACUGCGACGAAGAACAAGAGAGAGAACAAGGAAGACAACAAGAGAGAGAACAAGGAAGAGAACAAGAGAGAGAACAAGAGAGAGAACAAGGAAGAGAACAAGAGAGAGAACAAGGAAGAGAACAAGAGAGAGAACAAGGAAGAGAACAAGAGAGAGAACAAGGAAGAGAACAAGAGAGAGAACAAGGAAGAGAACAAGAGAGAGAAGGGAGAGAACAAGAGAGAGAACAAGAAGGAGAACAAGAGGAAGAACAGUGGCCUGUGGAUCGGGACGAAAGGAGAGGGAUGCGCGACUGCGAGGAUGUUGGAACGCCUCGGAGCUGCAGAGAAGCCAGCGUGACGCGAAGGAGAGCAAGCGCAUGCGGCAACGCGAGACAGUCAACUCAUCCACGACGGGAGCGGCGCAUUGCAGCCUUCGAGGCAGGCCCGAGCGGCAUGUUGAUUCGCAGCACGCGAGAACUCGACCGGAGAGUCAGUGACAUUCUGAGAGCCGCCGGCGUCGGCCAGCCUCACGGGUCUAGUUUCAACCGCUCAUCUGACGUCUCGUCUUCUUCGUUUUCCUCGUCUUCUUUGUUGUCUCCUUGGCAUGUGCGUAGGGGUCGCCUUUCGCAGAUUGUGAGACAAGAGCUCUCUCCGCCGUCUUUGCGAGAGGGCGAGCGAGACGGAGACCGAGAGGGAGAGCAGCCUCGCGAAGACGAGGAGAGGCGGCGCCUGUCGGCUGCGAACGAGACGUUUGUGCCGCGGCUGCUGUUUGUAGGACCGAAUUUGAGUUUCGACUCUGACGAUGUGACCGACGGCGCCGUCGCAUGCGGAGACACGUUUGCCUCGCCCCCAGCCGAGACCCCGCAGGCGCUUGGGUUCCUGGGAUGGAGACAGCGGCGCUCCUCGUUCUUUCCGCGAGGCGCGUCUCGCGCGGCCCGUGCUCGGAGACUUGUCGAGCCUCAAGAGACAGUUCCGGAGAGACAGCGCGAGACAGGAGUCGCAAGAGAAGACGAAAGAGAAGACGAAAGAGAAGACGAGAGAGACCUCGAGAGAGAAGACGAAAGAGAAGACGAGAGAGACGACGAGAGAGAAGACGAGAGAGAAGACGAGGAGUCGUGGUCGACGGUGUUGAGUUCGAGUGAUGAAGAGCGACUGACAGUAUCGAUGGCGAGCGUACCGCACGCGUUUCCUUUGCGGCGGCGGUGCAGGAGGCCUGCGUUUUCUCUCUCGUCUGGGGACUCGCAGGACUCGCUGUCAGACUCGAGAGAUCAAACAGUGCGCCGGAGUUUUUUGUCGAGGUGGAACGCGUCUUCUGCGCGGGAUGCUUCGAGUUCCUGGUCGGCACUCGGGGCAGGCAGUGACUUGCGAACGCUGCGCGCCUUUCUCCGAGGCUCAGCAGCAGGCGACAGUGCCUCCUUGGCGGGAGCCGUUAUUCUCCCGAGACGCGAUGCCCGGGGGGGGGCGAGGCUGGGGAUACGAGGCGGCGGCCUCCUCAGUCGCUCUGCGCCUUCUGCCUCGGAGAGGCUCCUCGCGGUGCCUCUGCGCUUUAUCGGAAUGCGGCAGAUACACCCUGGGUCGAGACGCCUCGCCGCGCGCGUUCCUCCCUCCAUUGUAGAAGGUCAAACGCGUACAGACGUCGAUCGACCGCCGGCAAGAAGAGCAGAACUCUGGGCGAGAAACAGACUCAGACGGUCCUACGCAGAAGUCGCUGCCGGAGUGCCGCCCCGCCCCGCAGAGGAUGCCGUCGCCAGACUCGAGCGGCUCUUCGCCGAGAGACACGAAGAAGAUGAAGAUGAAGAAAGAGAAGAAGAAAGAGAAGAAGGUGAAGAGGAAGAAAGAGAAGCAGAAGAAGAAGCAAGAGACGAAGAAGUAGUGGAAGAAAGAGCAGAAGAAGACGAAGGAGCGGACGAAGGCCCGAGGACGGGGAGACGAGGCGGGAGACGGCAUACCCUCAUUUUGAGUCACGCCUUGCCAUCGUCCAGGUGGAACCGCCCACAAGGGGAGACACGGAGACGCGCAGAAGGCGAGGGCGAGCUGCGCGCGACCUUCUCGGCGUCUUCGCGAACCGCCUGUCACAUGGUCGCCUCUCUCCGCCGAUUCGCCAGUGCCCUCGCGCCUGACGCUUCGGCGUAUAUACGGAGAAUCCGGCGCCGAAGACGCCCAGACAGCAGCCAAGAGCCAGGAGAGACGAGAGACGCGUCUGGAGGACGCCGCGUGUCUCGCAGGGAGCAGAGGCCAGACUCCUCCUUUGCUUCGACGUUCAGUGUCUCUUCUGCCUCUUCGCGUUCCUCUGCCGCUUCUUCAACUUCGUCUCCUCCGUCAUCUCGGUCUGCGUCGAGGCAUGGGAGUCCUAGGGCCGCCGACGGAAGCCUCUUUUCUGCGUUCUCGGAAGAGCGGGAGAUGGAGGAAAAAGCUCUUGAGGCUCUUCGCGCGCACACCCGAAAGCUGAUGUUUCGCUGGAGGUGGUUGAUUGGCCUGAAACAACUUCAGGCGCAGGAGAAGGGAGCAAUUGAGGAACGUCAGCGCGAAGAGCAGACUGGAGAGCCGUCGUUCUCGUGGAGGGACGAGGCCGCUGAGGACGCGCGUCUGUGCGGCGACGUGGAAGAAGAGAAGCGCCGCUGGCAGCGGAAGGAAAAUCGACUGGCGAGAGUCGAGGACCGACUCGCAGAGGAAAGCAGAGAAGUCCUUCAGUUCUCGCGGUUACUUCCGGACGAGGCUUCAGAGUGAAGGCGCCAGAGGCGAGAGAGAAUCCGAGAAAGCGGCAGAAAGAAGAUAAGUGAAAGGAGAUCAGAUCCAAGGAUUUAAAAGAAGAAAGGGUGGAAGGAGAAAGGAGAUGAGAAGAAAGGUGAGAAGAAAGGAAGGAAAAGAGGAGAAGCAAGGAGAGAGGAGAGCUGUCUCAGCCACCUUGUUUGCACAUCGAGGAGUCACUCGCUUUGUCGAGAGGAAUACCGAGGAGAGGAAAGGAGAGGAUCGAAAUUUCUUCAGAGAGAGAAAGAGAGACCAAACAAGCGAGACAUCGAGAGGAGAAACCGCGAGACACAGACUGCAUGAGAUGAGGAGAAGGACAGAAAUUUGCCUGUCUCGCUGUCGCUCGCGUAAACAGAGUGUUUCGACAGUACUGCUCGCCCACCUCAGGCGGCAUUGCCGUGUUUUGUUUGUCGUUUUCUCUGUGUUUUGGAGGAUUUGUUGUGGGAACAGUUUCGAUUCGAGCGAGACAUUUGGCGGGAAAAGGCGAGGAACUCGUGAGAAGAAGACGAAACCGAAACUGAGAUAUAGGAGGAGAGAGGGGAAGCAGAGCAGGCUUAAGAAAGGAAUAAUAAGGCUUGUUAUGGAAACCGCGAAACAUGUCCGGAGUGAGACGGUGGUGAGGAGACUUGUCAAGACACCGCACUCAGGUGUAGAGACAGCUUGGAGUCGUCGGCUCCUCGAGCGCCCCUUGCGUUUCUAAAACUUUCCGCGUU